GCGCUAUCUCCUUCCGAGAAGCGCCUCUUUGCUUCUCUUCAUGGCGAGGAAGCUCAGGCACUUCAGCUGGAAUAGCUGGAGCUACUACGAGCUAAUGCCGAGAUGGCUGAUCUGAAAAAGGAGAUCGAAGCUGUGUCGAUUGAAGCGGACAGGCAGGAGAGCGCAGUGUUGCAGCAGUUGAUUCUCUGGGAUAUAAUGUCUUUGACUGAUCCAGGGAGAGAACCCAACGAUGAUUAUCCAACGCUUACUAGGCUCCAGGACGAAGUUCGCUACUCGGAUGAGAUCUAUCGUCUUCUCUUUAAGAAAGGGAGCCUCUUCCAAGGUGACGGUCUACAAGAUCUAACGAAAGAGUGCCGGAUUCUCCUGGUCAGUUUUGUCCGCCAGGUGCUUGACUUGAUAGAAGAGCACCAUGCAAAGAUACGUGCCAAAGCACCACGGUUCUCAUUUAACGUGGAUUCGAGCAUUUACGAAGACAUGUUCUACGUCAAAGCUCCUGUCCUUGAUGACGAACAAGCAACACUGGAGUUGCUUGCUCGAGCCUCCAAAUCCGACGACGACAGCGACGAGGAGCAUGAGACAGAAGAAGAGUUUCACCGAAGAUUCACAGUUGUCCAACCUCGAGCCUCAGUGGACUCGUUAGGAAGAAGAUCAUCCCGGAGACAGUCGGCCAUAGCCAUACCACCGCAAACAUCACGAAAAUCUUCAGGAGGAGGAUCAGCGAAGCAGCAGCAGCAGCAAGGUGGUCCGAGGCCAAAGCUCUUUCCGGAGCAGCAGCGACCGUAUCAGCUGACAAGAAGUCCUUCUCGAGGCUGGCAAGUUACUCCCGCGGGUGGUGGCUCUCCGUUGAGCUUGGCUCCAGUUCUAAGGAAAAGAACUCACUUCUACGAGAAUCCAAACAUGCUGGGAUCUGUGGUCACUGGAAGAACAAUCGCUGAUGUGGUGGAGGAAGGCGAUGCUGCUACAGCUACUGCUGCUGCUGCUGCUGGGGAUCAAUCGACUAGCAUUGAGUCGAUGCGCCAACGAGUCCAGAAAGUGGAUCCGAUCUUUACUUCACACUUUGGACCCGAAACGAGGCCGCCGGCUUCUCACAUAAAACACGACGCCAACAGCACUCAGCUAGUUCCAACGUCGGCUCCAGAGCUUCCACCUGGUUUCAAUCCUCCAUACAGCCGGCCCAACGUUUUAGCUUACGUCAAAGGGACUAUUCCUCGAGCCAAGUCUGUGAGGCCUUUGAGACCGUCGGAAGCAGCAGCUUUGGCAGCAGCAGCCGCAGGAACUUCGUCGGCGCCAGGCAAGCAGAGUGUUACUCCUCCUCGAAGCAGGCCAAACACUCCAGAUGUCGCGGCUAGUAGUAGCAGCAGCACAGCAGUGGCAGCAACUACGGGAGCUCCGGCAGCAACACCACCAAAGAUCUCCGAGCGUCGUUCGAUAUCCAUAGCUCCUCAAGUCGUGGAAGUCAGUGAGAAGGCUCCAAAACCAGCGGACGCUAAGCCUCGGCCCACUGUGAAGUUUGGACCGGAUAGCAAUCUAGGAGAAGUAGCAUCAGCGGCAGCUUCCCCUCCUCGGGCAUCUCCACCUCGGUCUCGUCCGGUGGUGAAGUUUGCUGACGAAGGUGACAGCGUGAUAACCAUCACCGGUCCCGGACUUGUUGGACGAGCUUCGUUCAUCGGGAUUGAACCAGAAGCGCUCGAGGCUGGGCCAUCUUACGGACGGAUACGAGACUUCCCAGUGGUGGUUCCGUCGAUCUUAAACUCGGACGUUGGUCUCGUGUUCCCCGAGAACACCGACCUUUUCAAUGCUCCACAAGACAACGAAGACGAAGAGGAAGGCAGUUAGAACCGAAGUUUUGGGCAUGAAAUACGGAUAGACGAAAUCAGAACUGCUUAUUCCUCUUGAGCUCCUCUAGCAGCACAGGAGUUACGUUGAUUUUGUUUGACUUUCUUUGACUUUGAUUGACGGUUACAAUCCAAGGGUAUAUUAUUAAUUUA